CCAGACUCAACAGUAUCAAUAUUCAAGCGAGGUAGUGAAGUUGAUAAAUCAUUGUGAAAGCAAAAUGGAAUUCAGAACUGCCGAUUUGGAGCUGUUUAAAGAGAAAGAUGGUGCUUACAUAAAAUUCAUAGAAGAUCUAACAACCACCCUUACGGAAGCAGACGAAGCGUAUGAUGGCAUUAGAGUCUCAAAACGUACAUCGGGCUACACCAUAGUGAUUAUCAAGCAUGGGGAAACUGAGGUUCCAUUAGUCUACAGAAUUCGAGAUUUGUACAUAAUUGGAGUGAUUGUUGGAAAAGUGUGCUACAUGGACCAUAAAGCUUAUGCCGAGGUGAACAACAUGAAUGAAUUGAAUAAAGUAAUUUUUCCGGCUAAAGCCGAAUCGCUAUCCAGAGAAUUCAGCUAUCAUUUCAUAAUGCCCAAAGGUGAAAAUACUGAAAUCAGAUUUGAAGAGUUGGAAUUCUAUUUACAAAAGCUCACACAAAUUGGAGAUAAGAUGAAGCGUAUAGAGGUGAUGCAAAAAUAUCUCGGUCCGUUUGUGAUUUUGUUUUCGGAAGCUGUUCGUUUUCCAGCAAUUGCCAUAUUGGCACAGCAAGCCUUUCGUUCCGAUGAUGGCAAAAUUAAGCUUUCCGAAGAUGUCGCACCUCCGGAAGUGGUACUGAAUGACAAUGUCAUCAAAAUACACACAUUACUCUUGAUUUGGGGACGUCUUUCUAGUUGUGUGAAAUAUUUGAACGAGGGAAAAGACUGUACUGCUACUGUUGAAAUAAAACAUAAACCUACUCUUGGACAUCUAAAGGAGUAUUCAACACCACAAGCAAUAAAAAUCAACAAAGAUACGCUAAAAGCGCUAUUAGGCGUAGCAAAUUCAUAUUCUUUCGAAAAGUUCAAAGUUACUCUGCCUAGAAUAAAACGCGAAAGUUUGAACGUUCCACUGCCAUUAUACCAGCAGCAAUUAAUCCUGUCUAAUCACCAGGAAAAUCUACUCGAAUACGAUGGAAUCACACAGCAGUCUAGUGCUGCGGCCGCCAAUAAUGUAAUACCCAACCUAGAUAUGACCGGGGUCUUGCAGCUACUAACACUUGGAAUACUACAUUUUACGAAGAACCGGCUCCAUCUAACCGAAUUUGAAACCGUAAUACACAACUCUAGGGAAGCCGCUGCCGUAGCCACCGAUCUCACGGAUCGAAUUGUACGUUUUAUGAUAUGUAGCGGUGCAUCCAGCGAGCAGAUCGAAUACGAAAAUCAGAUGCAACUUCAGCGACAGUUGACCACAGCGUUGUUUCGAGGUGAUAAAAUCGAUGGGAUUCUUUCUAACUUCGUCGCAGAAUAUGGUAUAGGUGACAUUGAUGGUCAGUCAACGGAGGCAACAUUAUAUCAAGCUAUAUUGGAUGGCGAAUGUUUUGAAUAACGAUAGGUAUUUUUAUGUUCAAGUUCAAUAGGGAAUCAAAAGCGAAUAAUAAACGAGCAAUGACAUGAA